AUGAGUGGAGCUGGCCAAACCUAUGAGGAAUUGGACAAUAGAUGUUACUAUUCAUAUUCGUAUGCUAUCCCUGUUUUAUUGUACCGUCAGAAAAAUGUGCUGUCAAUGAGAAAGUGUCUGUUUUCCGGGGCCUACGGGUACAGGUCCAUUAGGGCACUUGUCAGACCAGAGUUUUUGCUUCUUUAUGAGGUGGGGGACCAUCGCUAA